AUAUGAGCUCCCUGCAGCCUCGGCGAGCCUGGAUCGCGUACCGCAGGGCCAACACCCUAGCUCAACUUGCCGGUAUCCACCAGAAGCAUAGGAACUCGGCACUCUUAGAUUCAUUGUUUUGGCAACUGUUUAGUGCAGAUCGAUGGGUAAGCCUGAUGAUUGGGCUUCCGUACUCGAUUCCAGAGAACCUUUGCGAUCUAAACAUUCCUCCUUUGACAGAGACCUCGCCGAUCAUUUUCCAUGCUCGACAUCUAGCUGUGUUGACCGGUCGGGUCAUUGAUUGCUUGCAGAUCAACAAAGAGCCAACGCUUUCGUCAGUCAUUAGAACUGAUGAGCAGAUUGACGAGGUUACCUCGCAGCUCCCGACGGGAUACCUAGACAUGGAGCAGAUAUCUACUUGCCAAGAUAUUCCUGAGAAGCAUGCACGGCUUUACCGGCUGGCAAACAUCCACCAGCUGAAGGCAUAUUUAUACUUGCCAUUUUUCUUGCAAUCUUCGGGUAUGAGUGGGCGAGAACAUGGCCGAGCUUCGUGCGUGAAAAGUGCACGGUCGCUGCUCGAGGCUUACUUAUGUUUGUAUGAGAGUGAUCCUACCACAACGCGCAUCGACAACAGCGUCAAGCUCUCCGGAUUCUCGGCACUUAGCGCUGCGGUCAUUAUCUUCCUUCAUCUCCUCGGGCGACAUACUUCGCGAGAGAAAAAGUCGAAACCGGACCCGGACUUAUAUGAUCAGUCUCUUAUCAACCGGACGCUUUCUGCCCUCAAGGAUUGCUCCGAAGGCCAACCACACUCGCUGAGUGGUCAAUGCCAUACAGCCCUAGAGGAGCUAGUAGUAGGCAGUAAAUCAUUAGAAAAAGGGACUGGUCGUCAAAUUGCCGUGCCGUAUUUUGGUAUCGUGACUGUAAAUCGCGAAUGUGAUGACGCUGUUGAAAGAGAGGAUGAAAUAUGGGAAGACAUUCCGACAGGGUUUGACGUGUCCGAGCCAGUAGCUACGGCUUCGGAGCAAUACAAUCUCCCAAUCUCGUUUGAUGACCUAUUGUUUUCAUACGAUGGUCCGUGGGUGGUCCCUAAUCCGAUGCAUUUGGACUUGGCUGUGGAUCAGGUUGAUGCGGGGUUGGACUGGAUGUCAGAGCUCAACUCUAGCGGUAAUUUCCGAGAGUAACUCCUUACUUCCAACAAUGUAUGUACUUACUGAAGAUGUACAUCUUCAGAGGUAGGUAUGUACGGAGGAAUAUCUGAUUAUUCUGCCUUUUGCCUCCUGUCGAUCAUCUCCACUACAAGUGGAAGUAGC